CAAGUGAUUAGUGCUUUUGUCGCAUUCUGAUUGGCUUACUUGAAGGUGGAUAGCAAGUACUAUUCACCUCUGAGCAAAAUUAUGGAGAAAAACAAAAUGGCUUCCCGUUUCGCUUCAGUUACCAAGGAGCAAAUUUUAUCAAUAAACAAGGCUGAUUAUUCAACUUGUGUGGUAUAUACUGAAAAAAUGAUACACCUCAGUGUCAGUGAAAGUGGUAGAUAUUUACUUUGCCGCUUUGCAGCUUGGUGAACAUCCACUGUUCACCUCCACUUAAGUGAAUAGUUGUUAACCAGCAAACAACGAAAGCUUGGCAUCAGAUUGAGGUUUCUUCCACAUGGUGACUACUUUGCACAUGUGCUUGUGACAACAAAAGAGACUCUAUUCUCUUCCCUAGAUUGUCCCCAGAGCCUCCCAUCUUUUGGUCACAUGUCGGCACAACAGUACCUCAGUAUCCACCAGAAAUCACAAUCCAGUGGAUAUGUGUUGACAAAACAAACCACGCUAUCUGCUGGAUAGUGAUUUAUCCGGUGGAUAGCCUAAUGGUGCUACCACCUUUCGAACAACUCGGACCAGAUUGAGAUUGAGAAAUAACCCGGUUUACUCAUAUUUUGUUUAACAAAUCGCCGGAGGUUUUCCAAUCUCGGAGGAAGAGGAAGUUUGGUGACCGGAAGUUAAAAUAAAUAGCUUCACGGUGCAGUAGCCCCCACCCUCCGACUGCCCAGCAAGGUCAAUACCCAUAACUCAGUACGAGUCGAGGGCUGGGAGAAAUCCAACAUGGCGUCAACCAUCGAAGGCGAUGGAAUUCGUGUUUUGCUGACUUGUUCUUGUUCUGCGUUAUCUCCAGCGGCUCGUUUGUACUUUUGUCGACACUGCAUUAAGCUGAGAUGUCCUCUGUGUGUCUCUCAUGAGGUCGAUUCUUACUACUGCCCUAACUGUCUGGAAAAUAUGCCCUCAGCAGAAGCUAAGGUUAAGAAAAACAGGUGUGCCAACUGCUUUGAUUGCCCAAGUUGUGGUAACACACUUUCAACAAGAGCAACAGCAGUAGCCAUUCAGUCAGACAAGGGUGGAGAUGACAGCAAAGCAACGCAAGCUAAGAAAGUAUAUUACCUAGCCUGUGGCUUCUGUCGCUGGUCUUCAAGAGAUAUCGGCAUUGAAGACAAGAGUGUUGCAAGUGGUGCUUGGCAAGAGCAAGAGAGUCCAGCAGCAAGAAGGGUGAAUUCCCUUGUUGAAUACUACAGGCAACUUGCACAAAAGGAGAAAGCUGAAAGGGAGAAAAAGAAAUUGACCAAACGACGAAACUAUAUGCAUUUAUCGUUCACUCCAAGAAAGGACAAGUUUGGUUUGUCAUCACUAACAAGACGCAAGAGCAGUCUUUCCUACUUAACAGCUAAUUAUACAAAAGGUAAAGAGAUGGUUGAUGAAGUUUUCAGUUUAAAGAAUCCCAGUGAAGCUGUCGAGGAGGUGGAAACACUGCCUGAAGAAUUUUACAACAAGCCUUUGAUUCUUGAAAAAGUUCCACAACUGCCACAAAGAUUAUGCCAGCCUGACUUCCAGCCAGGAGCUAUCAGUGAUCUUCACCCAAGACACAAGCAUCUCCUGGCAAAGAGGUCACAACGCUGUAGGCAAUGUGAACACAAUCUCAGUAAACCAGAGUUCAACCCAUCAUCAAUUAAGUUCAAGAUUCAACUAGGAGCAGUGUAUUAUGUACCUAUGUUGAGAAUUUCAAAUGUUCCUGUCCUGAGGUUUGGAAAGGAAGCUCAGGUGACCCUUUCUCUGACAAAUCCUGUGGAACAUUUAUUAAAAGUCACUUUGUUGAAAGUUGAACAAGAUCAGAAAGAUGGCUCGAAGGAAAGUGAUGCACAGGACAAGGAGAUCAAGCCAGAUCAAAAUGCUGACAAGUGCGAUGAGAAAAGUGAGAAAGAAGAACAAAGGAAAAACGAAAACGAAAAAGACAAGGACGAGAAGAACGAUGAACAGAAAACAAAAGAGAAGAGUGAUGCAGAACAAGAAAAAGCUGCUGAGAAAGACAGCAAGAAGGACGGCCAUGUUGGAGUGGCUGCGAGUAAGAAGCCUGGUCGCAGCAUUGAUAACAGCUGUGAGAGCAGAUCGUUUGUGCCUACAGCUGAGGUCAUUCUCCCCACCUUCCCUCUCAUGUUGGGAGCACGUGACGAGGCGGCUGAAUUUGAUGAAAUGGACUCCGCUACUACUGCCGAGAUGUUUAAUGAUGAUCCAAGAGUUGUUGUCAAUCGGCAAGCAAACAAGUUGUGGUUUCUUGUGAAAGUGGUGCCCAAAAAAACAUUAGGUGAUGUGAAGUUCUCGGUGGUUAUGCAGUACGAUUACAAGCAUAUAGCUACAGCUUUGGUGCGAGGCGGCCAGGAGUCAGAGGAACAACUCGUAACACUGAAACACAAACUGCAUAUAAACCUUGGACCUGUGGCCCCGGAGUCUUAAUUAUUAUUUAUAGAGGCAUAUACAGAGGGAAUCAAACAGUAGAGGACAUGAAAAGGGAGAUAUUGUGUAGUCGGAAAACAUUCUGCAGUCGGGAACUUUGCUAAUGAGGCUGUUUUCAGUUUCGUGGUCUGAGCGUUUGAAAAGGCUCCGGUUAUUCGAAUCGCCAGAUGAAAUGUCAUCUGUAGAGGCGUGGGACCGAGAGGAUAAUUAUGACCGUCAAUGUUGGAAAAACGAUGUUCAAAAUGUUGUUGUUUAUAGUGGUCAAUGCGCUUAGCUACGCCUAGCUAGUUCACAGGCAUGCCACUUAA